AUGGCCUCCACCCAAUUCUUCAUUUUUGCCAUUUUAGCAGUUCUUGUUCCUUCGAUUUUGGCCACAGAUUUCGUGGUUGGUGACGAUAAAGGUUGGACUACUGGUUUUGAUUACCAAACUUGGGCUGAUGGGAAGGAGUUUCAUGUCGGUGACCAACUCCUUUUUAACCAUAAAAAGGGAGUACACAAUGUUUUUAAAGUCAAUGGCACAGACUUCCAACGCUGUAACGCAUCGGCUGGAUCUGUGGAAUUUACAAGUGGAAACGAUGUGAUUCCCCUAAAAACCCCAGGAAAAAAAUGGUACAUUUGCUGUGUUCCCAAUGAUUGUGCAAAUGGAAACCAAAAGCUUGCCAUAACAGUGUUUGAUGGACAGUCUCCUGCGCCUUCUCCCACAUCAGCCGCAAGGAGAAGCGUUGCACCUGUGUAUUAUGGGUGGAUGGUGGCUUUUUUUGGCAUCCUCAUGAUGGUCAUGGUUUGA